ACCGGUAUCAACGAGUGGCAUUUGAAGCAAUACGCCGACGAUAGUACAGCAUACCUCUAUCUAUAAAAGGGGAAUGCAAUAGAUAAACGCCCGUCAGUAGUACUGUAGGUAAUAUCUGGAAAACGAAGCACAGUUGAAGUAAGAACUUAAAGUCGUCUGCCAAUUGAAUCACGAAGAUGAAUCUGCACGUAAUUAUCCUGCUGAGCCUGGCGGCAAUAAUAUCGGCAGCGAAUGAGCCGAUAGCCAUCAUCAAGCAGGAACAGGACAUCAACCCGGAUGGUAGCUUCUUCACGAAAUGGGAGAGCGCUAAUGGGAUAACCUUCGAAGAGCGGGGCGUACAAAAGAAUCUUGGCCAGAAGGACAAAGAGGCUGAGGAGGUGCAUGGCUCGGCGUCAUGGACCGCGCCUGACGGACAGAAGAUUAAUCUCGGCUGGGUGGCAGACGAGAACGGCGCCACUUUCCAAGGGGCGCAUCUACCGACCCCGCCACCCCCUCCGGAAAUUCCGCCUCUCAUCCAGCGUGCUCUUGACUGGAUAGCCGCUCACCCUUCUAAGGAGGACAGAAACAGAGUGUAAUCGCUGAUGAGCCUUUGCUACAAAUAACGUUGAACGAUCAUGGUUCAGUUGUACAUUUAGCUUAACAUCAUAUGUAAAAAUUUAAAAAAUUUGUAUAAAAAUCCUAUAUACUGAGAGAAUAAACGUAUCAUUUAAUUGUAGAUU